AUGGCACUACCAGUCAUCGGUGAAAACGCCAAAAUGCAAAGUAAAUUAUCCAUCUCAGUCACAUCCCCGCGUAGUUCACAAGUGCGUGUACCAUCGCUUUCUCCACGCUCUGUAUCGUCCUCUUCGUCCAAUUUUGUUGUUCCCAGUGGUCAAACAUUACGAUCAACGACCUUUAAACAUCCUUGGCGGUCUAUCACAUUUGAUCAAACGGAAGAGAAUUUAUCAUCACGUCGAAGAUUUCACAGUUCGGACGUUGUUUUACGAAGCAAUCGAUCAGCUUUGCUAAAACUUCGACCUCUUUACCAUCAAGAAGACAAUAAUUGGAAUUCUAAUGGGAAUGGAUUUUAUGACAGUAGUCGAUUUAAGCAUAUGAAUGAAAAUGGAGAAGAUGAACCUGAACCUCCUUUGAAUGAUCCAGUAGAAUUUUCGUUAAGGAGACGAACUUGUUCUGAGAAUUUUACGAAAAGCUCAAGAGCUCCAUCGUCAUUUGUGCCAUUACGUGGAGUACGCUAUGGUUUUGGAGAAGAGGAGCAGAAAAUAGAUGAAAAAGAUGUCGACAAUCUACAGGCGUUAUACCAUGGAAAUUGGAAAGAACGAAGUGAUGACAAUUAUUUUGGUUUGUGGUCAUCACGAAUAAACCACACUGAGUUCUGUAAUGAUUUCGCGUCUACAUCAGACUUUAAUGUGGAAAGUGAAAGUCAAACUCUUGGAAAACUUCGCAAUUUAUUAAAAUUAUAUCAAGAAGGUUUCAUUACGGUCACGGAGUACAAGGAUCGUCGUGUGCAACUUGUCGACGAACUAAGCGAAGCUGAUCAAACGAUCAUAAAAACAUCCGACUUGCUAUCAUGGGAGCUCCCAAUACUGUACCAUGAACCACCUGAAUUUUCACUGUUACGAGAACGCAGUGCCAUUAAACACAUAUUUGACUCAAGUGAACGGAAGUGGAAAUCAUCACAGAUUCAAGUGAAGAUUGAUACUAAACCAUUUAGUAGUGGUGGUCUUCGGCAAGUAUUUCAUUUGCAAGAUCUAAGUAUGCUACCUCCACUUCUGACAGUACGUGACACUGACGAAGACAAUAUGUUAUCUAAAUGUACAAGUUACGUGGCAAAAAUUGCUAUCAAUCCGAACGAGAAUCCCGACACCUAUUUUAAAGAUGUUGAGAUGCAAGCAGUUGCUGCUAAGUAUGCCAAGUUAUACAAUUCGUACAAUCCUCCACGACGCGUGGAGUUUCUCGAUGCGUGGAUUCUUCAGCUAAUUCCCGUAGAUGCAAGUGAUCAAGUAAUUGAAAAUUUGACACUUAGUGGGACCAUUUGUGGAGUCGAGCCCUUUAUAGCUGGAGAGUAUCACAAACACAAUAAUAAUUUUGGAUAUGUGAGUGAUUUUGAACGCAAUACCCCACAAGCCUUUUCCCAUUUUACUUACGAAGCUUCAGGACAAGAAAUUCUCGUUGUGGAUAUUCAAGGCGUUGGUGAUCAUUAUACUGAUCCUCAAAUUCACACAAGACGCGGCAAAGAAUUUGGAAAAGGUAAUUUAGCUUUGCGAGGAUUUCAACGAUUUCUAGGAUCGCACCGUUGUAAUCCAAUCUGUCGAUAUUUAAAACUUCCAUUGAUUAAUCCAAAAGAUGAAGGAAGUAAAGCUGUGGAUCGGAUGGGUACGAUUCCAGCCCAGACGUAUAUGAAUCAACCGCGUGUGGUAGUAGAUCAAGUGGAUUCUGUGUUAUGUCAUUAUUACGGUGAAUCAAUGGCGUUUAAAAUGUAUACAACACGAAAGAAACGUGAAAGGAAGAGAAGAAAAACUCCUGGUCGACGUGGACGACAGAAAUGGCAAGAAGAAGAAAACAAUUUAAUGUCGAGUGCGUGUAGCGAAAAGACUGUUGACAUUCAUAAAGUUGACGAGCGGUUUGUCAUGGCUUUGGCUGAUCAGCAACGAUCGUGUUCAACAUUAAUUUGUGAUGGCAUUUCGGCAUGUGUUGUGUCGUAA